AUGACCAAGGUUAUCCUCUCCAUUAACGCGGGGUCGAGCUCCGUCAAGAUCUCCGUGUACACGGCUAAGCACCGCGAGCCCCCGAAGCAGCUUGCCGAAGCCCAGAUUAGCGGGUUGACGGCACCACCGGCGCAACUCUCGUACUUGCGGGGCGAUGUACAGGUUCUUGACCACCAAGAGGUAAAAGAGAAUGUCGAAACCCAGGAUGACGCUUUCAAAGUUUUGCUCGAUACCUUCACCGGCGACCAGGAACUGCCCGAAUUAUCUUCUAAAGGCGACAUAUCGGUUGCUUGUCACCGAGUUGUCCACGGAGGCGACUACACAACUUCCAAGAUUAUCACGCAAGAGACUUACCACCACCUAGAGCUGCUAACAGAUCUGGCACCGCUUCACAACGCCAACUCGCUUCGCAUCAUCAAAUCAUGUAUGGACGAACUGCCCAGCGCCCUCAAUGUCGCCUACUUCGACUCACAGUUCCACUCAACACUACCCGCGCACGUCUGCACCUAUCCGAUCGACCAGGAGAUCGCUAAGAACAACCAGCUGCGCAAAUACGGCUUCCAUGGCAUCAGCUACUCCUUCAUCACUCACUCCGUCGCCAAGUACCUCGGCAAGGACCCGGCGGACCUCAACAUCAUCGCCCUGCACCUGGGUAGCGGCGCCAGCGCGUGCGCCAUCAAGGGCGGCCGCAGCUGGGACACGAGCAUGGGCUUAACGCCGCUGGCGGGGCUUCCGGGAGCGACGCGCAGCGGCAGCGUAGACCCGAGCCUGGUGUUCCACUACGCAAGCGACGUGGGUAAAAUGUCGCCGUCAUCGACUAAGGAGCUGCACAUCUCGGUGGCCGAGGAAAUUCUCAACAAGCAGAGCGGGUGGAAGGCCUUGACGGGCACCACCAAUUUCGGCAAGAUCGCGACCUCGGACCGGCCCGAGUGCCGACUGGCCUUUGACCUGUUCGCGGACCGCGUGAGCGCUUUUGUCGGCUCAUAUUACGUAUCCCUAGCCGGCAAGGUAGACGCGCUGGUCUUCGCGGGCGGUAUCGGUGAGAAGAGCGAUAAGCUGCGCGCGGCCGUCGCAGGGCAGGCCGCGUGCCUUGGUUUCGGGAUCGACCCUGUGCUCAACGCGGCCAAGAUCUCAAAUGUUGUGCAGGACGUAGGCGCUAAGAACGCCAGGCACCGGACUCUCGUGUGCCGCACAGACGAGCAGUACGAGAUGGCAAGGGGGUGCGCCGACAACGACGAGCUGUGGUGA